AUGGUAAACCAGAGCUUUGUGACCACAUUCAUCCUCAUAGGCUUCUCAGACUACCCACAACUGCAGGCGCCCCUCUUCCUCGCAUUCCUGAGCGUCUACACAGUCACUCUCCUUGGAAACUUGGGAAUCAUUGUGGUCAUCAGGAUCAAUCCCAAACUUCAUACGCCCAUGUACUUUUUCCUCACCCACCUUGCGUUUUUGGACAUCUGUUAUUCCAGUGUGUUUACACCCAAACUCCUAGAGAUCUUGGUUGUGGAAGACAGAAGUAUCUCCUUCCGAGAAUGCAUGACCCAAUUUUUCUUUAUUUGUGCCUGUGUGGUUAUAGAAAUGUUUAUGCUGGCCGUGAUGGCCUAUGACAGGUUGGUGGCCGUGUGCAACCCUCUGCUCUACACAGUCGCCAUGUCCCCUAAGCUCUGUGCUCUCCUCAUAGCUGGGACUUACCUAUGGGGUGGCCUGUGCUCAGCCAUACUCACUUAUUCCCUGGGGCAGCUGUCCUACUGUGGAGCCGGCAUCAUCAAUCACUUUGGCUGUGAGUACUCAGCAGUCCUCUCUGCAGCUUGCUCAGACACAACUUUCAGCCAGAUAGCAUGCUUAGUCAUUUCACUGUUCAACGAGUCCUGCAGCCUCCUGAUCACCCUGGCUUCUUAUGUGGUCAUAGUUGUCACCAUCCUGAGGAUGCCCUCCAAAGGGGGCCUGAGGACAGCCUUCUCCACCUGUACCUCCCACCUGACAGCUAUCAGCAUUUUCCAUGGUGUUGUCCUUCUUCUCUACUGUGUGCCCAACUCCAAAAGCUCCUGGCUCCUGGUCAAAGUGUCUACUCUACUCUUUACAGUCAUGAUCCCCAUGCUGAAUCCCCUCAUCUACAGCCUGAGGAACAAGGACGUGAAGGAGACAGUCAGGAGGCUCAUCCACUCCAAGCUCUUGCUGUAG